AUGGAUGACAGUUUUGGCACAGAGAAGGUGAAAAGGUUCAGGCCCACACACUUUAUCUUUAUCAUGGUGGAUGACCAGGGUUACGGAGACAUUGGCUACCAUGGCUCAGACAUCCACACUCCUGUGUUGGACCAGCUGGCGGCAGAGGGGGUCAAACUUGAGAAUUAUUACGUCCAGCCUAUCUGCUCACCCUCUCGCAGUCAACUCAUGACAGGGCGCUACCAAAUACACACUGGACUCCAGCAUUCGAUCAUCCGAUCACGUCAACCGCUCUGCCUGCCCCCGGCCAUCCAUACACUACCAGAGCGUCUGGUUGAAGCUGGUUACGCCACACACAUGGUGGGAAAAUGGCACCUGGGCUUCUGCAGGCCAAGCUGCCUACCCACAGGACGUGGCUUUCAGAGUUUCCUGGGCACACUGACUGGCAGUGGGGACCACUUCUCCUAUAGGAGCUGUGACGGGGCUGAAGCUUGUGGAUUUGACCUGCAUGAUGGAGACAGGCCUGCCUGGGAGAUGGCCGGCAACUACUCCACUCUGCUGUACAUAGAGAGAGUGAAGCAGAUCCUGAGGAGCCACGACCCCCAUAAACCACUCUUCCUCUAUCUGUCCCUUCAGGCCGCCCAUACACCCUUGCAAGUACCAGACCAUUUUUUGCACCGCUAUGAUUCCCAGGGGAAUCGUCUCAGGCGCCACUACGCAGCCAUGCUGAGCUGCCUGGAUGAUGGGGUUGGACAAGUUGUCCAGGAACUGAGGACUAGUGGGCUCUAUCAAAACUCCAUACUGAUCUACUCAUCUGAUAACGGUGGGCAGCCGCUCUCUGGGGGGAGCAACUGGCCGCUGAGAGGUGGCAAAGGGACCUACUGGGAAGGGGGCAUCCGGGCUGUGGCCUUUGUGCAUAGUCCCCUCCUGAAGAAGAAGGGUGUAGUCAGCAGAGCACUGAUCCAUGUUUCUGACUGGUAUCCCACAUUAUUGGGGCUGGCUGGGGCCCCACAGUCCCACCGUGGCCUUGAUGGUCACGAUGUGUGGGGGACCAUCAGCGAGGGCCUACCCUGUCCUCGCACUGAAAUCCUUUUCAACAUUGACCCAGUCUCCAGGAAGCCUGAGGAGCCAUAUGACAAGGCGUUGGUACUCAACGGCUUUGGGAUCUGGGACACAGCCGUAAGGGCAGCGAUAAGGGCUGGGGACUGGAAGCUACUGACAGGAAAUGUGGGUGACGGGGACUGGAUACCCCCACAGGCUCUUCCCGGUGGUCCAGAACGGUGGCAGAAACUUGAGAAGCGGCGGAGUGAGCUAGGGAAGUCAGUUUGGCUGUUUAAUGUCACCUCUGACCCCUACGAAAGGUCAGACCUGGCAGAAGCUCGUCCAGAGGUAGUGAAACAUCUGCUGACAAGGCUGGCAGAGUACAACCAGACAGCUGUGAUGCCCAGGAAUCCACCAGAUGAUCCUAUGGCUGACCCUGAGCUCCACGGAGGGGUGUGGAGCCCCUGGCUGGGCCUGGAGGGACAGGAGGGGGAUAAUGGAGGGGAGGAUGGAAGGAAAGAAAGGAUGAAGAUUAAGCACUGCAAAGUAUGCAAAUUAAAAGCCUUGUUUAAGAAGGUGGAGUCACGCCUGCAGAGGAACACCCUGUUUUUCUAA